GACGAAGAAGAAGAAGAAGAAGAAGAAGAAAAAGAAAAAGAAGUGAAGUCGUCGACAGAUUAGAUUUUAACGGGGCUUUUCGUGUUUGUUUUGUUCUUCUUCGGCUCUUCCGGCAGCAGAGGACCCGGAAGUUGAACAACAGCCGAGACACAGAGCGAAUGAAACAAAGACAGCAGCUUCAGGUCGUCGUGUCAGUGAUCAAACAGCUCAGACCGGAUCGAUACACACCGAAACAACAGUGAACAGCAGUGAAACCGACCUACAGGUACAGGUGAACCAGACAGGACCGAAUACUGAACCUUGUGGACCUCCUUUGACGAUGGUGAAACAGAACCACCACACCGCUGUCUAUGAGACCUGAGAGCACUUACAGGACUUACAGGAGCAGCCGACGCUUUAAGACUAAGACUUAAUAUCGUCUGAGACCAGAGAGACAGCAGAGACAGUCCCGUUCACACCGUCCUGCAGUGUCUAUGCUGAAGGUGUUUCUACGUGUUGGACGUACAUAAAGCCCGUCUGUCUCUUUCUUCCAGGACACGAGCAGCAUGGAGACAACAGCAGGCCCAGAAAACACUCAGCAGUGCAGCAGCUGUGACGAGUCCUCGGCCAAAUGUUGGUGUCUGGACUGUAAUGAAGCUCUGUGUGACAUCUGUCUGUCGGCUCAUCGCAGAGUGACGAUCACCAGAUCACACAGGAUCCUCGACCAACUGCCGGCAGGAGGCGUCUCCUCUCCUCCUCCCGCUCCCCCCGUCAAGUUCUGCAGACUCCACCCGUCUGAGCAGCUCAAACUCUACUGUGUCACCUGUGACCAGCUCACCUGCAGAGACUGUCAGCUCAUGGCUCACAUCUCCCACAGGUAUCAGUUUGUCAGUGAGGUGUUGGACGGCGUGAAGAAGCAGCUGCAGGUCUGGGUUCAGCCGCUCCGAGCACACGGCGACACAGUGAGGCAGAGUCUGCUGGACAUGGAGACCAGGAUGCAGGACAUCAUUGAGGCCGAGGCUAACGUGAAGGUGGAGCUGCAGCAGUCGUACAACUUCAUAACCGAACGCCUGAAGAACAGGAUGGAAAACAUUCUGAAAGAGACCCAGGUGGUGUACGAACUGGAGUGUAAGAAGAUUCAGAGGAGGAUGAAGAAGCUGAAGCAGCUGCAGCAGAAUCAGCAGUCGGUCACUGAAACAGCAGAAAAAGCCCAAAACACCAGCGACCUGUCGGCUCUGCUGGCCUACAGAGCUCAGAUUCGGUCUCAGCUGAAGCAUUUUCCCGAGCAGGGCUUUGGUCCUCCUCAGACGAUGUGCCAGCUGAAGGUCGUCACUGACAGGAAGUGUCUGGAGACCGUUUUGAAGUUUGGUGCGCUUGAAGUGUCCUGGAUCCCCUUCUCUGUCUCACAAACAUCAAAUCUGAACAGAGACACUCCAGCCGCUGCCUCCUGCAGACUCCUCAUCCAAACCACCAGCCCUGCUGACGCUGACUCAACUGUUCCGGUCAGCGGUGCCUCCGCUCCCUGGAAGUCCUCGUCCGGUCAGUCGAGUGUCAACCAAUCUGGUUUUCCCAGGACCACGACCACGACCACUGCGAUGCCUCUUAGUCAAACUGUCAAACGUAGGCCAUAUUCGAGGAGGUCGUCUCACCUGAGAACGAUCCCGACACAGGCCCUGCUGCCGAUGACUCGCGUCCAGGUCGUCUCCCCCUCGGUCAACCUGCAGCCCGUCAGCUUUGGUGUCUCCCUGCCCGCCGGUCUGUCUCUGCCCUGCACGGUCCUGAAACUCUUCCAGCCUUCGUUGGUUUUGAACCGACCAACCACUUUCCAUCAAAACCAGCCCACCGCCGUCCUGCUACCCAACAGUCAGACUGUGUACCAGGUGUCCUGCGUGCCUCGGGUUCCCACGCUGCCCAGUCAGACUGCAUCCAACAACUUACCGAACCACCAACCACUCAGAGACGGAAGCUGUAUGGCUAUAACCAGCGGCCCUGUGUCCCCCCCCAGGUGUCACAUCUCUGGUACCGGCCCCGGUUCCUCUUCUCUGGAAGAGAGUCCUGUGGUGAGUGCGGUGGCGGACUCCGCCUGUGGUCGGAGGGUACAGCGGGUCGCUGUGGGGCGGCGGCAACCUGCAGAGAAUGAACCGACCUCCACCGUGUCUGAAGAAACCGCACCUGCAGAGAAACCGUCUCCACCUGAAGCAUCAAACAGAGAAGCCGGAGACCCCAGCCAACGGCAGCCGAGAGUGUCUCUGUUCAGGCUGCCUGUGUCCCCACCCCGCCCCGGAUGUCCUCUCCCAGCCUUUCGUCUCAUCCCCGGUGAUGAUGAAGACGAGAUUUACCUGGAAGAGAUCAGGGAGGACACUCAGUCCCUGGCCGAUGACGUCACAGACGACAUCAAGGAGCCGCCGUCGUCGCCGGAGUCUCCCGGGACUCUGCGGAUAGUUUCGUGCUCCGCCUGCGGAUCGGCCUAUGGUUCCAUCAUCUGCUCGGCCUGCGGUCGAGGAUACCACAGAGACUGUCACGUUCCCCCGGUUGGACCUGACAUGUGGUCAGAGUGGACCUGUUCACUGUGUCAAGACUUGUCAGACCCCUCAGACCCCUACAGCUCUGAAAGACCACAAAGACUUCAGAGUCCCUGUUUGAGUCUGCUGGACCAGAGGAGGUGUGAGAGUCUGCUGCUGCACCUGAAGGUCGAAGGCUGCAGUCGUCUGUCUGAGGUCGGGUUUGUUUGGUCUCGUCUGAAGUCGAUGUCAGAGCGUCUGACUCUCCGUCGAUCUCCUUCAUAUCAAACGGCUGCAGAGUUUCUGUCGGACGUCUGGAGUCUCUUCGGAGACGCUGCAAAGGACGACGGCGCGCUGAACAAACUGCAGGAGAGUUUUCAGAGCAGGUUGAUGGAAACUUUCAGCUCAGAGCUUCAUUCAGAGCUGACGCCACCGAGCAGCAGCAGCACUGACAGACGUCACAAGAACGGGUCAGAGGUGACGCCAGAGGAACAGGAAGUGAUCGCCAACGGGUCAGAGGUGACGCCAGAGGAACAGGAAGUGAUCGCCAACGGGUCAGAGGUGACGCCAGAGGAACAGGAAGUGAUCGCCAACGGGUCAGAGGUGACGCCAGAGGAACAGGAAGUGACCGCCAGCCGGUCCAACGGGUCAGAGAUGAGGAAGAGGCUGAGACAGCUUCUGGAUCUGGUGGGAACGUCGGGAUCCAAGAGGAGGAAGACGGACAAGAUGGAAGAGUGAGACAGAGGACAAAGUGUUUCUGGUCAAAAACAUCCUCUGACCUCCCAACUACCAAUAACAAGUGUUCCUGUCACGUCACCUGGGACUGAAUGAGCUCAGGUGACAUCACCACUCAGGAAUUGUGGGCAGGGGCGGGUCCAGAGAAUUUUCUGGUGCGGGGCACAGGGGGUGACAACAAUAAAUCUGGGGGGGCCGCCCAAAAGUAACAAAAAUGAAGGCGGCCCACUUCAAUAUUCCAUUGCUGUUUUCAUCUCGCUUUUCUCGACCACAUUAAAUCUGCUGGGUAAACUUUUACCAAGUGGCUAACACACAGAACACUGUGAUGUUUGCUGAAGCCUACAGUUAGUCAGAAGUUGGUGGGGGGGGGGGGUGACAUUUAUUUAAUUUUUAUUGUGUGUCAUCUUCAUUUACUAUACACUAAUAAUUACCCAUCUCAACAAAUCCUCAAAGUGUUCCCUAUGACAUUAUUCAAACAGACCUUGUGGUUCCAGAUGUCAUUUUAUUAAUAUAUAUAUGUAUAUAUAUGCAAUUUUCAAGCAGAGGAAAAAAGGCUCAGCAGAGAACAGUACAGAAAAGCCAGGAGCUGAGGUGAACACAGGGCAGUGAAACAUGCCUCCAUGCAAAACAAAAAGCACAGUCCUGGCACUGGGACUAUUCCACCCAGGUAUGGGUUUGUACCACGAAGCCCUGAACGCUCUGGUCCUAACCUGUCCGUGUCGGGUGCGAGGGAAGGUCUUCAGGACAGGUUGUGCAGGACCUGCAGCUCUGGUUUGAGAAAUGUCUGGAAAUAUUAAAAAUAAAUCCAAAAUAAGUCUGGAAAUGAAUACUCAUGAUCAGCACUGACAAUUAAAGACAGAAAUAUGCUUUUGUUAUUGUUCCUAUGGCAAAUGUUUGAAAAAUAUAUGCAAAGAUUCUGGAUUUUUAAAAUGAGGAUUUUAUGAAACUUUCUAAAAGUUGAGUUGGAUCAUUAAGCAACAAGAACUCGAAAGCAACAUUUUGAUUGUCUUUAAAAUAGAUAAAGGGACGACUGCAUUUCAGCAGAAAAUUAAUACAAAAGAGUAAUUCAGAUGUUGCUAGUGAUGGUUAAUAUCAUUUGUAAUAAAUAUUCUACCUUUGGGACCUUUCGGCGCAGCAAAGGUCGGAUGAACUGGGGGGCUUCCUGUUGCUGCUGGAGCUGCAGCCGUCAUCUGACUCAGCACGGUCAGACUCAUCACCAUUGUCAGUCCUCUCCCUUUGUGCAUCUGAAAGUAUUGAUUGACAAAGUCAGCACUUAAUUAACUCAAUUUUUAAUUGAACAUACAUUAUAAA